GGCACGAUAGGAUAGGACCCAGAACACGGCUCGCUGAUCGCUCGAACCUCGUCGCCGCGCCUGGUGAUGACAUUGGAGACGGCGAGCAAUCGCUGAACAAAACGAUUCGCAGGUUCAGUUCCUCCUGCUCACCGUGCAAAUUUUGAGGUUCGUGUUCUUGGUGCUCCUGGGCAUACGAUGAACACUGGUUUUGCCAAGUGCCCGGCAUUUUCUUUCACCGUCAGAGUUUGCCUGAGACGGACGUGCUUCAGUCAGUGUCGCCCGUCGAGUCCCCGAAACUUUUGGGGUUCUGGGUCCCUCCCAAAACCUCGCCAGAACGCCAUUUCCACACGCAUCGGUGGUGUCUCUGUUGGGUUUAGUCGGGGAUCCCAUGAGAAAUCUGGCUUUUCGAAGAGGAACGGUGGAUCUGCAGCUGGGUUUGCCGGACCAAAGAGUGUGUUGAGUGGGUCGAGAGUGGAGAGUUCCAUUCGAUGUUGUUCUUUGAGAGAAGGCAGAAACUUUUCGAGUGUGGACUCUCCAAGGGUCGGGGAUGGGAGUGGUGCGAUAGGAGCUGGGAAAGUGCUUCCCUGGUUGGCAACAAAGGAGACCGUGGAAGUGGAAAGGUCUGUGAAAGUGUAUAACAGACGGGCUGGUCGUUCUUCGGGAGAAUCCACGAGAAAGUUGCAUAAGAGACCAGCUAUUUCGAACUCUCGGAGGGUCGGUGACGCGAGUCGUGCAACAAGAGCUGGGAAAGCCAUGCCCUGGUUAGCAUCAAAGAAAACCAAGGAAGUGGUUGGGGAACAGACUAGUCAUUCUUCUUGGGAAGAAUCGGCAAGAAAGUUGCAGAAGGCAGCAGAGAGUAGUGGUUCUUCUUGGGUACAAUCAACCAAACAGUUUGAUGGGGAGCAACGUUCAUUCAGGAUGAAUAGGGCGGAUAAGAUAGCGGGGACUGAUUUAUUGGUCGAUAAACAUACUGAUCACACGUGGAGGCGUGAUGAUUUUGGUAAGUUAGAGGAUGGAGAAGAUGUAGAAGAUGAAGUUGAAGAGGCAGAGACAAUUGAAGAUCCUAGGUGGGAUGCAAUUAAGACGCAAGUGAGAGGAGUAGUGGAUGUGAAACCACGGACAGAGAAUCCGAGACUCACAAGGUGGAAUAAGCAGGAAGAUUGGGGAAGAAAGAUGUGGAAUGAAGCAAGUGAAUCGAGUCUGCCAAAGCUAGUCAGUGAAGGCGUCUAUGGCGUCGGUCCAGUGUUGGCAGCACUGUCAGCAGGAAGGCGAGAAUUUUACACAUUGUAUGUCCAAGAAGGGCUGGAUUUGAGUAGUAACAACAGAAAGAAGAAGGAUAAGAAGGGAUUCGAGAAAGUCUUGAGAAUGGCGGGGAAGAUUGGGCUAAGCAUUAAGGAAGCAUCGAAGCACGAUCUCAACAUGGUUGUUGACAACCGUCCUCACCAGGGUCUAGUUUUAGAUGCUUCUCCAUUAGAAAUGGUUAAGGUAAUGGAACUUGAUCCUGUAUCCCUUGAGGAUGAGGGUUCUCUGUGGGUAGCUUUGGAUGAGGUCACAGAUCCUCAGAACUUGGGGGCAAUCAUUAGGUCUGCCUAUUUCUUUGGAGCUUCAGGGGUGGUCUUGUGUGCCAAAAAUUCAGCUCCAUUAAGUGGUGUGGUUAGCAAAGCAAGUGCUGGUUCUCUGGAGUUGAUGGAGCUCAGAUAUUGCAAGAACAUGAUGCAAUUCCUCACAUCCUCAGCAGAAAAUGGUUGGAGAGUCCUUGGAGGAUCGGUUUCUUCUAAAUCUGUCCCUCUGAAUGACAUUUCACCUGGUGUACCCACCAUUCUUGUUCUUGGGAGUGAGGGCACUGGACUGAGGCCUUUGGUGGAGAGAUCGUGUACUCAGUUGAUCAGGAUCCCAGGAAACAUCUCUUCAGACGUAACUGCCGGAGAAGCCAAUAAUGCGGAAGAGGGCAUGGAAACAAAUGACUCGGCCGAGGAGUUCCGGUCCUUUUUGGCUGUUGAGAGCUUAAACGUCAGUGUUGCAGCUGGUGUGCUUCUCCAUCACCUGAUAGGCGCCAAUUACAGUAAGGAACCUUGUGUAGCCAAUGAAUUGACUGGUUGAUAGAAUUGCAUGGCAAGCGAGUUCAAGUUCGUUUUUCAAGUGUAAAAUUGCUUAUAUGUGUAUAAGCUAGAGAAUCCAUGUCAGCUGGUCACCCUUCCUCUCCUGCAUUGGCUCUAUGGGCCUCCUUUCCCUUUAGGCAUUUUCUUGGGAUUUUCUUUUCUUUUGAGAAGGCAUGUCUUCUGGAAUUGGGGUUUUGGUAAUCAUUUGGAUGGAGGUAAUGGCAAGAAAGACUACAUAGAAGCAUCUUGCAUUCUUAAAUGAAGUUGCCAGAUUUUGGCCAUAUGUUGGAGAGUGAGGGUAAUGCAGUCGAUUUACAAAAGGUUUUACUUUUUGCUCCUUUUUCAAAUGUGAGAUUUCUGUAGACAAACUGUUGCAUCUACAAACUCAGCAGAAAAGUGAUACGGGUGAGCUAUAGAUGCAGAUUUGCUUAUGUUUUAGCAGUGGAAGAAUGUGAGAUCUUGUUUGUGUAUUUUCGAUACAUACCCUUACUUAAUUUUACUUAGUUGCUUGAUUCUUAUGGAA